CUGGAGCGGGCGUGCCCGGUUCGCCCCUAGUGGUGAAUUAUAUUGAGCGGUGCAGGCGACAAAUGGACACUCCUAGAACCAAUAUUUGAGCAAUUCAACACAAUGCAUUUGCCGUUUCCAGUCCUAAGAAGACUGUACUUAUAUGAAUACACGGCUCUUGUAUUAGGUUUCGCGCUAGUCGUUUUCGAAAGUUUCGUUGCGAGUUUAGCGUUUGUGAUCAAUUCUCUUGUUGUAAAAGUAUUUCCGAAAUGGAGUGUUUGGAAUAAGAAAACCGCUUUGCAGGCAUAUGCGGUGGAUGACAUUGAAACAAUUGACAAGGCUUUUUCCCUACACGACGCAAAAAGUAUUCGCGAAAUGUGUGAAGUGCAUGGAUUUGGAGUUGAGGAACAUCUCAUCCGAACGAAUGAUGAUUAUAUUCUGUGCGUUCAUCGGAUUUACCAAAUGACAGAUAACGCCCUGAACGGACCAGGUAAACCAAAGUCCCGUCCGGUCGUGUACUGUCAUCAUGGACUCCUAAUGAAUUCAGAAGUCUGGGUGUGCAAUCUUGAUGCGAAUAAGUGUCUUGUCUUUGAUCUCGUUCGCCGUGGCUACGAUGUCUGGCUUGGAAACAAUCGCGGAAACAAAUACAGCAGACAGCAUCUCUAUCUUCGCUCUAGUGAUGUUGAUUUUUGGGAUUUUUGUAUUGAUGAUUUCGCGCAAUACGAUAUUCCAGACACUAUUCAUUACAUUUUAAAUGUGACUGAACAGCCCUCGUUGAGCUAUGUUGGAUUUUCUCAAGGAACAGCACAAGCUUUUGCUUCACUCAGCAUUCAUCCUCUGUUGAACGAGAAAGUGAAUACGUUCAUUGCACUGGCGCCUGCUAUCAGCCCUCGUGGGUUACACAGCUCGGUAGGCGAUGCUAUAGUACGGGCAAAUCCAUUCUUGCUUUACAUGUUCUUUGGGCACAAGUCUUUUCUCGCUUCUGCUGGCUUCUGGCAAAGUAUACUUUAUCCUCCUCUGUUUGACGUAGUACUAAACUAUUGUCUCGUCCAUCUGUUUGACUGGCGUUGCAAGAAUAUGACACCACUACAAAAACUUGUCUCGUAUGCACAUCUUUACUCAUACACUAGUGUGAAAUGUCUUGUACACUGGUUUCAAAUUAUGCACAGCGGAGAGUUCCGAAUGUAUGACAACGACAUGCUAAUCCAAUCCACGUAUGCUCCAUACUAUAAGGCGGCAAGGUUUCCCACAAAAAACAUCCGAACGCCUAUCCACCUCUUGUGGGGAGAUUGUGAUUCUCUCGUGGAUAUAAACGUGAUGCUUAACGUGCUUCCGGAGGGCACUCAGGAAGUUAGAGUCGACUCUUACGAACAUUUGGAUAUGAUCUGGUCCGAUACUGUGGACGUAGAUGUGAAUCCUCAUGUUUUUCAAUGGCUUGAGCAAGCCAAGCGCGGAUAAUUUUUUAUUACUUAAGAUUGCCGCGUUUUGUAAUAUUAUGCUUUUUUUGUACAAGUACUGUAAUAUUAUAAAAAGUUUUGGUUGUUAAAUUAGAUAAAGUAAGGAUGUAUUAAGGAAACAACUUGUCUUAUGCGAAAAGCUUUUGUUAAAAGGAUGUAGAAAAAAUAAAUAUC